AUGCCGAUUUGUGCAGCUGCUGGCUCUCUGUCUCAGUCUCAGGCCCAGAGGGCCCAGAGGGACCAGAGAGACCAGAGGGCCCAGAGGGACCAGAGGGUCCAGAGGGUCCAGAGAGACCAGAGGGACCAGAGAGACCAGAGGGACCAGAGGGACCAGAGGGUCCAGAGGGUCCAGAGAGACCAGAGGGACCAGAGAGACCAGAGGGACCAGAGGGCCCAGAGAGACCAGAGGGACCAGAGGGCCCAGAGGGACCAGAGGGACCAGAGGGCCCAGAGAGACCAGAGGGACCAGAGGGACCAGAGGGACCAGAGGGCCCAGUGGGCCCAGAGGGACCAGAGGGCCCAGAGAGACCAGAGGGACCAGAGGGCCCAGAGGGCCCAGAGGGACCAGAGGGCCCAUAGAGACCAGAGGGACCAGUGGGCCCAGAGGGACCAGAGGGACCAGUGGGCCCAGAGGGACCAGAGGGACCAGACGGACCAGAGGGCCCAGAGGCUCCAGGCUUCACUACAAAGCAUGAAGAUGACCAUCCUUGGUGGUCUGAACCUGCAGAUGGAGCCCCAACUGCCUUCUAGUGGACUGACUGGCAUCCGAGAGCAGUGGAAGGCUGUUUUCAGCACCAUCUCCCAUACCCCCCGGGAAAGAGCAGUGCCUGAGGUCAACUCUGAGGGCCCCAUGGCUGUCAACGGCACAGAACAGAAGUGCUGUCAGAAAGCUUCCCAGAUUUUCCUGAAAGAUCUUGGCUGGGAAAACUGGGUCAUUUAUCCAGAGAGCUUCACUUUCAUCCAGUGUGUCCCCUGCAACCUCCAACUGAACCUGAGCAACACCCAUUCCCCAGCACACUCUCUGAACCCUCCUAACACUCCCUUGCCGAUGUCAUGCUGCCAGACGAUCUCACAGGAACUGUUGCCUUUCCUGUACAUGGAUGAACAGCGAUCCCUGGUCAUAUCUUCUGUUGAGGUGACCAACUGUGGCCGCGGGCCAGGAAACCAGCCUUUCCCCAUGACUUCUGUCAAAACUCUGGAAGAGAUGGACAGAGAUCUGACCAAUCCAUCCAAAUGUUUGCUGGACUGCACUACAGGGACCUACGUGAGAAAGCUGCAGGUCCGAGACACUCAGACGAUUCGCUUCAAAGACUCAUCAGCAGAUGACCAAGGAGAAUACUGCUGGUCAACACAGAUUAAGUGUGAGGCUGGAGAACAUUUGGAGCGUGCUUACAUCCUGCUGCCUGUUGAUAAAUCUCAGCUGGAGGAGUCCAUGGGACUGAAGAUGACUCUACCCCCCAUUACAGAUGCACUGUGGCCUCACCGCCAGCAAACACUACUCCCCAACAACUGUGGCCUUCAAUUCGACAUCACGCCCCAUUUUUCCACAGGACCGAGGGAGCCAAAGCUUUGUGUCAAGGCCAAUUUCCAGGAGAGCAUUGUGGGAAAUGGAGUCCUCAGAUGUCCCCCUUUCAUGGUGUGUGUCUGGUGGGUGAAGACGGGUUUGAUUACUCUGACAUACAUUAGAAUCCUGCACCGGGUCUGGUAUACCAGAGGUUCCCCGCAGCCCUCUGAGAAGGACUUUACUUCAACCUCCGAAACUCAUGCUAACAAGUGGCAUGGACAGUCACUACAAAGCAUGAAGAUGACCAUCCUUGGUGGUCUGAACCUGCAGAUGGAGCCCCAACUGCCUUCUAGUGGACUGACUGGCAUCCGAGAGCAGUGGAAGGCUGUUUUCAGCACCAUCUCCCAUACCCCCCGGGAAAGAGCAGUGCCUGAGGUCAACUCUGAGGGCCCCAUGGCUGUCAACGGCACAGAACAGAAGUGCUGUCAGAAAGCUUCCCAGAUUUUCCUGAAAGAUCUUGGCUGGGAAAACUGGGUCAUUUAUCCAGAGAGCUUCACUUUCAUCCAGUGUGUCCCCUGCAACCUCCAACUGAACCUGAGCAACACCCAUUCCCCAGCACACUCUCUGAACCCUCCUAACACUCCCUUGCCGAUGCCUUGCUGCCAGCCGACCUCACAGGAACUGUUGCCUUUCCUGUACAUGGAUGAACAGCGAUCCCUGGUCAUAUCCUCUGUUCAGAUGACAAGUUUGUGUGGCUGCAGCCCAGGAAACCAGCCAUUCCCCCAGUAAGGACUGAGCCCCUAGCACCCACCUGCUAGAAAGCUGUCUUUUUGGUCGAAAAUGAAUGCCUUUCAAGUAAGACUGCUGCUGUUAUCAUAAAGCCUGAUUGGCAUGGGGUCUCAUCCUUCCAAAAUACCUUGUGACUGAAAACACAUUAGUGAGAAGUUAUAAUCCCAACAAAUAUAAUUUAGAGAAAAACUUUUAAACAUUGAAAAUCUGUAGACAUUUCCAAAAAACUGUGUAAGAGCCAAAUUCAAGUUUCUUUCAACUUCCUGGAAUGGGAUUGCAGAGAACAGUGGGAGCUAUUAAUAAAGUUUGACAGUUAAUAGAUCUGUUUUGACAGUUAAUAGAUCUAGAAUAGAAGUGUUAGUCUUGGCUUAAUCUGAUAUGCAUUCUGAACUAUUUUAUAUAGCAAUGUUUCCUUCUGCAUGACUGGCAACUGGCAGUGGAUUAAAGGCAAGCUUCUGAGUGUUCUCCCCAAAAAUGUGAACCCUGGCUUAACAUUCAGAGGCCAGAACUCUCUCAACUCUCUCUGAGCAGUGUUACCAACACUGGAGCUUUUAAUACAUUUAGAAGGGAAAGGUUGAUUGUAGUAUACUUUAAGUCCAACUCCUUUUCCCAGUAUUUUCAAACAUUGGAUAUUCAAUAUAUUUUCCUAGUU